AGCGCCAGUAGUCUCAAUGUUGGACGUGCUAUGACAGCGUCAUUGCUCCUCCGUCCCCGUUGGAUUGACCCGGUGAUGUUCCUUUACGACAACGCUUUAGAUGAAGUGAACAAAAACAUGGAAGGAUUUGCAGGAGGCAACUUUGCCGCGAAUCAAUGCAGAACUUUGAUGGCCCAUCCUGCUUCCCUGGCUCCUAGCACUGCUUACACGUCGAGUGAGGUGCCAGUUUCUGGCAUGGCUGAGCCUGUCAAACAGUGCAGCCCCUGUUCUGCAGCCCAGAGCUCUUCCAGUGCCUCUCUUCCCUAUGGAUAUUUUGGCAGCGGCUACUACCCCUGUAGGAUGGCACACCACAGCAGCAUUAAGUCCUGCGCGCAGCCCUCCGCCUAUGCGGAGAAGUAUAUGGACACAUCAGGCUCUGGCGAAGAAUACACUUCAAGAGCAAAGGAGUUUGCUUUUUAUCAGGGCUAUGCUACUAGUCCAUAUCAACCUGUCCCUAGCUAUAUAGAUGUGCCUGUAGUGCCCACCAUAAGCGGCCCCGGAGAACCGAGGCAUGAACCGCUAUUGCCAGUGGAAAGUUACCAGCCAUGGGCAAUCACCAAUGGGUGGAACGGUCAAGUUUACUGUUCUAAGGAGCAAACACAGCCGACCCAUCUCUGGAAAUCUUCAAUUCAAGAUGUUGUUUCACAUCCGGGAGAUGCCGGCUCUUUUCGACGUGGGAGAAAGAAAAGAGUGCCCUAUACAAAGGUACAGCUGAAAGAACUGGAGAGGGAGUACGCGACCAAUAAAUUCAUUACCAAGGACAAGCGAAGAAGGAUAUCGGCUCAAACAAACCUGUCUGAAAGACAGGUCACAAUAUGGUUCCAGAACAGGAGAGUAAAAGAGAAGAAGGUUGUGCUCAAGAUCAAGAGUGCUAGUUAGUGAUGACGGAAGCUGAGCUGUGACCUCUCCGUGGAGUGAACUCAAUUUUGACUGAUAUAUAUAUAUAUAUAUAUAUAUAUACACACACACACACACACACACACACACACACACACACACACACACACAAAACACACUUCGAAACAAGACUUUUGCUUCACAGCAGUGGAUUUUAAUGUUAAAAUUCACAGGUAAAUAUGAAGAAGACUUUUUCUGAAUAAUUGUAAUGGUUCAGCCACCCGAAUCCCAAGAAUACCACCAAAUGUUGGAGUUCUUCAAAGCCUCCAGCAUUGAUGUAAAAACAUUAGGAGCUUUGUGUAUCGAUGUCUAGAUGUGUUUGUAUCAUAUUCAUCAGAGCAUUUAGAAACAAUGCAUCUAUUCAAUUGUACAGUUUCAUUACAUACAGACCCAUACUGCAUGCGCAUUUACUGCUCAGGAAAAGCUGGGUAGCCUAAAUUAAAACAAGCAUGUUUUAGACAGAAAUAUAUGCUUUUUAAAAAGAAAAAUAAGGAACAUUUUAAUUUGUCUAAUGGAGACACAAAUCAGCAUACCCUCUUUUAAGCUUUUUAACUGUUUCAGUAUAAGAAAUGUCACAAUAGUUAUUGAUAAGAUUCGCGUCUGGUUUACAUGUCCUUAUGCUGUGAAUAUUCUUGCUAUAUCAUAAAACUAUGUUCAUAUGUAAAAUAAAUGAGUUAUAGAAAUCAUUUUCGAUGUACCAACAAAGUAAACCAUCAAAACAUUUUAUAAUUUCGUUGUACAUUUUUCUGUAAGUGCAACAUUGCUGUCAGUAAACCUUGCUAAUUACCAACCAUGUGUCGUGCAAAUAAAAUAA